AUGGCACACCUCAGGUUUCCGCUUCCCAAUGGUAUUCCACAUGAGCACGACCCUUUACCCAAUCCACACCCAGAAGAUGACCUUUUCCUCGAUGAUGAAGACGGAGGCUUUGGGGUUUACUUAGCAGAGCUAGGCAUAGGCUACGAGGAAUAUCAGGCACGGAGGCGAAUAUUCUAUUUCUGUCUCUCUCUGUUCCUGAGCUUCUACACAGUUGCUUUCUACUUAUUCAGUAACCCCGAUACUAUCAUGCAAUUUCCAUGGGUGCGAUCACAUCUGCAAGAUGAUGUGUAUCACCAUCCUGGACGUUUUGCUUUGAAGUUCAAGGACAUGGAGAGGGAGUUCAAGAUGUAUGCGUACCCUGCAGAUGAAGUCCUCAACAAGUGCUAUCCCUGGGAUUACAUGAGUUACAGGGCGGGUAUGGAGGAAACAAAGAAUGGGACCGAAUGCGAAGGCGACUUCUUCUUCAAGAAUAUCAAGCAAAGUCGCUUCUUCACUACUGAUGACCCUCGCAAUGCUCACCUCUUCUUUGUUAUGCCCAUCUUUUUUAUUUCACAUAACAACACGUCUUCUUUGCACAAAUCUUGCCCCAUGCAUCAGCAUCAGCGAAUAUCUCAAUACUCAAUGCAGUACCCGUAUCGGUAUUGGAAUCAAACACAAGCCAAUCAACACUUUUAUGUUACUACUUCCAGAAACGACGAUGCAAUACGAGUUGUUUGUAAAUCUAAAAUUGCAUCCAAUGAAAUCUUACUUCCGCCUCUUCACAUACCUAAAAGGGCAUCUUAUGAAGCCAAACUCAUUUUUAUAACCAAAAAGGAUGCAAUGUUUUGUGUAUGCUCUGGCCGAUCCCAAAUUACCACUGCUUGUAUAACUAAAUCAAUCUUGGAUGGAUGCAUACCAGUUUUCUUGUCAACCUACAGUCGCUUGCCCUUCAAAAGGAUACUGGACUGGGAUAAGUUUUCUCUAAGAAUCGAAAGGAAUGAUACUUACGAGCCCCACAAUCUUGUUCAUAGGAUAAAAGCCUCUGAUUCCUUCACAUUGCAUUCCAACCUGCUCAAGGUACAAAAAAGCUUUAAAUGGAAUUCACCACCCAGCAGAUUUGAUGCUUUUCACAUGGCUAUUUUCGAGCUCUGGGAAUGCUACAAUCAAAAUUUUAAGUAG